AUGGCAUUUGAAAGAGAAUUAUUGGUUGCGACUCAAGCUGUACGCAAGGCGUCCUUAUUGACCAAGAGAAUUCAAUCUGAAGUGAUCUCUCAUAGAGAUUCCACUACUAUCACCAAAAGUGACAAUUCCCCAGUCACUACAGGUGAUUAUGCAGCACAAACAAUCAUAAUCAAUGCCAUUAAAAGCAAUUUCCCAGAAGAUAAAGUGGUAGGUGAGGAGUCAUCAUCUGGGUUGAACGAUUCGUUCGUGUCAGAGAUUUUGAAUGAAAUUAAAGCCAAUGACAACGUCUACAACAAGGAUAAUAAAAAGAAAGAUUUCCAAUUCACGAAUGAUCAGUUUCCACUAAAAUCUCUGGAAGACGUCAGACAAAUCAUCGAUUUCGGCAACUACGAAGGCGGUAGGAAGGGAAGAUUUUGGUGUUUGGACCCUAUUGACGGUACCAAAGGGUUUUUAAGAGGUGAACAGUUUGCAGUAUGUCUAGCAUUAAUUGUCGACGGUGUUGUCCAGCUCGGCUGUAUUGGUUGCCCCAACUUAGUCUUGAGUUCUUAUGGAGCGCAAGACUUGAAGGGCCACGAGUCAUUUGGUUACAUCUUCCGCGCUGUUAGAGGUUCAGGUGCCUUCUACUCCCCAUCUUCAGAUGCUGAAGCAUGGACCAAAAUCCAUGUUAGGCACUUAGAAGACACCAAAGACAUGAUUACUCUAGAGGGGGUAGAAAAGGGACAUUCUUCUCACGAUGAGCAAGCCGCUAUCAAAGACAAGCUAAACAUUUCUCAAUCUUUGCACUUGGACUCACAAGCCAAGUACUGUUUGUUGGCCUUGGGCUUGGCUGACGUGUACUUACGUCUCCCCAUCAAGCUUUCUUACCAAGAAAAGAUCUGGGAUCAUGCUGCAGGUAACGUUAUUGUCCACGAAGCCGGCGGUAUUCAUACAGAUGCCAUGCAAGAUGUUCCCUUGGACUUCGGUAACGGUAGAACUCUAGCUACUAAGGGAGUUAUAGCGUCGAGUGGACCACGCGAGUUGCAUGAGUUGGUGGUAUCUACAUCAUGUGCUGUGAUUCAAUCAAGAAAGGCCUGA